UCCUCAGUCUCGAAUUGCAGGUCCAAUUGCCAUGCGGCGAUGCCAAGAAUAUCUCCAUGGAGAACGGAGGCAGCAACUCUUCCAGCAAUGGCACCCACGAUGCAUUCGGCCCGAAGAGCAACGCCACAUCCAAGGCAAAGGUACCAGUCCGUGCCCCUUCUGUUAUACUGCCAUCCGCCGCGAAGACCAUUAAGCGCAUUAAGCGAGCGAGAACAGAUCUGCCAAAAGUUAAGUUAUCAUUCGAUGAUACGCACUUGCCCUGCGACUAUGACGUUUCUGGAUCAUUUAAGUUUAUGGACGAUUUUCCCAAAUUCUGCAGAGACUCGUACCAGCAGAGGUUCAUGAGCGAGGCCGAAUAUCGAAUGUAUAUGCUGUAUCAGACGGAGGGAUUCUUCUUUGGCCAAUACUAUGAGCGCUAUCACCGCUUCGAGGUAGAUGUCCACACCUUUGACUACCGUGAUACGGGCUUUUAGCUAUUCAUUCACCAAUAUCUACUGUACUGUAUAUGUUGCUGUUUGUAGCAAUUAAAUUAUCGGUCGACAGUGUCCUUCCUACUGGUGCUUGUUCUUACUGUUCUUC